CGCUGUGACUGGAGAAGUUGAUGUUUUAUUUCUUCCAAUUCAGCUGUUUGUACCUGUUUUGUAAUAUGGAUCCUUCUGUUGUGUCUCGAUUGGAGAAUGUUGCGAAUCGAAUGGAGAAUAUAUUGCUGAAAUAUGACUCGAACAAAAAAGAAACUCCGGUCGGCGCGACGCCUCAAAUCAUUAAUCUUUAUGACGAUGCGAUCUGUGAGAAUCUCGUCUCGUUUUAUGAUUUAUCUGCAAAAAUUGGAGGAGAUUUGAAUCGCCUUGGAUGCAUGACUAAGAAUCUAUUUUUCACGCUUUUUUCGAUGUUUUUUGUGGAUUGCGUGUGGGCGCAAAAAAGCGGACAACGACGAGUUCGCGACUCUUGUGAACGAUUUGACGACGGAAAUUGUUGCAUUUUCCGAUUUCAAGGAGAAAAAUCGAAAAUCCGAAUUCUAUAAUCAUAUUUGUGGACUUGAAGCUGCGGUUGGAGCUUGAAAUCGCUUGUUCAUCCAUUACUUUUUUCAAGCACACGCCAUAUUCUCAUUGGAGCGCGCCGUGUUGUGUCGAUUUACGAAAUUUUCCAAUUUUUUCAAUUUCAGUUUUUAAACGAGUUUUUAUUUUUGUGGGCUUUAUUUUUGUGGGUUUUGCUUUUUGGGUUAAAAAAAAUCUUAAAAACAAUCAUAAUUCUCAGGAAACUCAAAUUUUUCGCCGAAAAACCUAUUUUGCGCGUGAAAUCUGGUGUAUUUUACCGUGCCUAGACUAUGUGUGAGAACACUGCCGGUCAUACAUCAUAUUUGACGCGCAAACUGCAAAAAUCGUCGGAAUUAUUUCGGGAACACAAAAUUCUGAAAAUGCGUAUCGCGCAACAUAUUUGACGCGCAAAAUAUCUCGUAGCGAAAACUACAGUAAUUAUGUAAAUGACUACUGUAGCGCUUGUGUGUCGAUUUAAGGGCUCAAUUUUCAAAAAAUCGAGAUCCCGUAAAUCGACACAAGUGCUAUAGUUGUUAUUUGAAGAAUUACUGUAGUUUUCGCUACGAGAUAUUUUGCGCGUCAAAUAUGUUGUGCAAUGCGCAUUUUCAGAAUUUUGUGUAAAAAUUUUUGUGUUUAGUGAUUUUUGCAGUUUGCGCGUCAAAUAUGAUGUAUGACCGGCAGUGUUUGCCCACAUCGCCUAAGCACGGUAAAAUACACCAGAUUUUUCGCGCAAAAUGGGAUUUUCGGCGAAAAAUUCGAAUUUCCUGAGAAUUUUGGUCGUUUUUACUAUUUUUUAAUGCAAAAAAUGAAAAUUUUUAAAUUUUCUGAAAUUCACCGUCGUUUUUCACGAAAUAAAAAAAUUUCAAA